AUGGUCUACAGCCCCCAAGAGGUCAUUCCACGCGCGGACUUUGUGUUUAUUCACGGACUUCGGGGUGAUCAAGUGAAGACAUGGUGCUAUAAAGGAUCAGACAAAUAUUUCUGGUUGCGUGAUUGGCUGCCCAAACACCCGGAACUAAAAAGUGCUCGCAUAUGGACAUUUGGAUACGAUUCAGAUUUCCUUUCAAUCGGACCGGGGAAUGUGUCCGAUUUAUCUGACUUCGCACGUUCCCUUUUGGUUAGCAUGAAGCUAUCAACCCAUGGAAUUCUUACAGAGUACCAAGUUCCCAUUGGGAAAAUACCGUUGAUAAUCGUUGCGCAUUCGAUGGGAGGCCUUGUGGCGAAAAACGCUUUUAUUUUCGGGCAGGAAAAAGAAAUAUAUUCUGAUAUUGCGACGGCAACAUGCGCUAUUGUGUUUAUGGCGACACCAGAUGGAGGCUCGAAACUUGCGCUUGUCUUGCAAAAGAUAACCAAGGCCUUAGGGAUUGUCAUUCCUCACAAGGCCUACGUCGAUGAAUUGAUUCCUAGUUCUGAGACAUUGAAAUGCAUGAGUACUCGUUUCCGCGACUGUGCUGAGGGCCUCGAUAUCUACUCAUUGUACGAAACAAUCCGUACUAGGAUUGCACCUUUCUGGAAGGUAUAG